GUCCAAUAACACCACACCACACCACCUGUUCCUAUUGGAUACUGGCUAUUAAUUUAUUAGCUGCUGCUGCUUGCUGAAGCUUUAUUAUUCUUACGGAUCGAUAGAUAGAUAGAUAGAUAGAUAGAUAGAAAAGAGUCGAGUAUUUUGCUCCCUCCUCCCCCCUCCUGCUCGAUCUCCGUCCUCACGCAAUCCCAUCGCUCCGCCUCCUCUGCUGCUGCUGCCCGCCCCAUCAGUCAUCACUCGAUCCAUUCCAUAUAUGGAUAAUACUCGCCGGCGGCAGAGCACCAGCAGCAGCAGCACUAAGACGGCUGAGCUCGACCCUGUGCUCCACUCGAUCGGCUUCGAGAUCGAGGAGGUGUCGCCGUCGCAGCUGACGGGCCGCCUCCCCGUCACCGCCAGGUGCUGCCAGCCCUUCAAGGUGCUCCACGGCGGCGUCUCCGCCCUCGUCGCCGAGGGCCUGGCAAGCAUGGGCGCACACAUGGCAUCGGACUACCGCCGCGUCGCCGGAGUCAGCCUCAGCAUCAACCACUUCCGCAGCGCCGCCGUGGGGGACGUCGUACUGGCCCGCGCCGCACCAGUCUACGUCGGACGCUCAACACAGGUGUGGGAGGUGAAGCUGUGGAAGGAGGACCCGUCGGCGCCGGGGAAGAAGGGUCCUCAGAUCUCGGAGUCGAGGGUGACGCUGCUCUGCAACCUGCCCGUGCCGGAGAGACUCAAGAACGCCGGCGACGCGCUCAAGAAGUACGCCGCCACCAGCAGAUUGUAGAUCGAUCAUGUGCAUGCGUUUCUACGAUCGCUAUGAUAGAUGAUGAUAUCCAUCAUGCAUCUAUCGAUCUGCCGCUGGACGAUAGAUAUAUAGUAGAUGCAUGGAUGCUAUAUUGCUAAGUGGAGUACGUAGCUAAUAAUAAGCUUACAUAUGUUUGCUUUGCUCUGCCUGCAUUAACUAACUUUAUAAUCUCUUAUAAAAAAAUACUUUAUAA